UGCUAGCUCAUCGAGUAACAUACAAAGGUCACGUAUGCAGAACUGCUCCGCAUAGAUUACGUUCUUAGAGGACCUUUAUAAGUAUGCAAUCACAUCAUAAUGGGAGAGUGGGGGCCGUUGCAUGUUGUACCUCUUUGCAUAUCUGAAAGAUUUUAAAAUAUUGCUGUGUGGGGAAAAGAGCAAUCCAGAGUCACAAACCUGGAUGUUACUAGGAGAACUAGUGCUGCAAAGAUGCUAGCAGAACAUUUCCUCCCACUAUCGCCGUAUUCUAUUCAUCAGCCAUCACAGAUGAGCGUUCCCUACCCUGAUACCCUCGAGGUGUGUUGAUCCUUCGUUCUCUAGCCAGCAAAGUUGCAGGUUUUGCUGACAAUUCAGUGGUACCACAAUCAGUUUAUAAUUGGUCUUUGUGAACAAAAUGACCUGUAGAAGAUACUGAGUGGCAUACAAGAUUGAAAUAAAAUUGCUAUGACCUUUCAGGUUUUUUCUCCCCCCCCCCCCCCCCCAUUAAGAGUAAAAAGACAAUAUUGUAGGCACUACCGUACGUUUUUACUUAGAUGAGUUUCUCUACUUUCACAAACAUUUAUUAUUAAAUUAUAUACUGCCCAUCUCAUUGUUUUGGGCAGCUCUGGGCAGCUGUUAAUAGUAAUUUAUAAAUUAUUUCAGAUUAGGACCAUUAGACCUCACAGCCACAAGAAUAAAUGAUAAGUGAGUUACUCCAAACACACACAGUACUGCAUAUUAAUUCUUCAGGAUAUAUGAGAUUUUUUUACAGCUGCUGUUCUGUUGCCUUUCAAAGCGAAAUCAAAUUGAUUUUAAGGAACCCUGCUUCUAUAGUUGCCCAUCAAAUUCUUAGAAUCACAGAGAUGGUGGCAGUCUAGUCCCAAUGACUGAUUGUCCUCUGCAAUUGAUUCCACUGUUAGAAGCUUCUCCUGGAGUUAGAAUAAGUUUCCUAAGAUUUAUUUGGAAUUUGUCGUCUUCAGGAUUGAAUAGAUGGGAAAAAUUUCUGCAGUGGUUGAAAUUUCAGUUGGCAGGAAGCCAAACGGCAUUCCUGGGCAAUGUCACAUUUUGUUUGCUACCAUUUUCUUAAGUGUGUUUAAAUGAGAAGUUGGGUGCUUUUUAGAGACAUCUGGAAUUGGGUUAUCAUCCAACCUAAUUUGAGGGUAUGGCAAAACAGACCUAGAGAAGUGACAAUAGCUUUGUUCUAGUCCCAUAGAAGGUAGAUCAUCUGAAAAUAAGAGAAUAUCCCUCCAGUUCCUCUGAAUCACUAAAUUAACUGGUGAAAUAAGCCCUGCUGUAUUGAAUGCAUACAGAAGCAGUUUAAAAAGGAAGCAGAUUCAUAAAAGGAUUCCCAUCAAGGGCAAAAUGCUAAAAAAAAAAAUACCCAUCCUUGCAUUUCAACAUCCUUGAAGAAUAUUUAGAUGGGUUACCUUAAACCUAAUGCACUUAACUAUUAUAGAUGCUGCUGGAAGCAGAGUCUGAAUGACGCUUGAGCCGAGACUGGCUAGGCUAUUGUGUCGGCUUCUCUGUUAAAUUAAUAAGGGGACCACUUGAUUCUUGCUAUUUCGUUUGAACUAAAAAAGAAAAGUGCAGUAAUAAGUACCACAAGUGUACAUCCUUACUGUUUCUUUGAGGAUAGGGUGCAUCCUUUUUCUAUGUCCCUUAUAUUUUAAAACUACCUCCUUUGGGGCUGGAGAAAGCCAGCUGUACUACAGACACACUAUCUUAGAAGUGUCAUGAAAGUCACCCCUUUAUGAUUUCGGUUUUUUUUUUAAAAAAAAGGUAAUUGCACUGCAAAUGAAGACCCAUGAAGCCAUAAUUGAGUACUGCUGGCUUUCUGCUUUACUAUUGUAGUGAAUCAUUAGCAUUUAUUGAGACAGAAUGUAAAUGGGUGGAACCAUGUUUCCAGAUGCAAUGUAGUUACCACAGAGAUGUCCUCUCCAAGAAAUGACGGUAUGGGUUACAGUUUUGCUUUUGCUUUAUGAAGGUAUCAGGACUUCUUUACAAGAUUUGAGGAAAAGAAAUGAGAUAAUGCUGCUCUGGGCUUGCCAGUUUUAGGGCCUAAGACCAAGACUUUCACCCCUCUAGCUGUGGGCCAUGUGAGAAACAGUAGAUAGUUGUCAACCUUCAGGCUGCAUAAGCUUAGGAGACCUUCAGGUUUGUAAGAGGUAUAGUACAUUGAAGCUUCAAAUGAGCCAAACCUAGGCUAUGCUUAAUGCCUGCCUGCAGGAGGUAUAAUUUACCAUCUUCCCUGCAUUGUGAUUGAUGCAGGGCUGAAACAUGAUUAACCAGAAGGGCGUCGACUUAAAAUGGUAAUACAAUUGAUUGGAGGAGGCAUUGGCAGGACUUGGAAACGCACCAGGUAUAAAAGCAGGUGGGAGAGGUGAGGCUUCAUUUUAUUUAUUUAUUUUUAAUUCGUAGGCGUAACCCUAAAAGUCGGGCGUGGCCAGAGAUAGUUAAGCCCCGCGUUUCGAAUUCAGGCGUGUCCUUUUCCUGGGCUGCGAUAGGCUGAUGGGGCCGAGAAUCCAUUUUGCAUGGGUCUCGAGAUUGGUCGGCUGGCGGGGCGGUGCCGUGCCAGUGUUGGUCUGGAGGGGGCGCUGAGUAGGGAUGGUGCAGCGGCCGUGGAAGUGGCGGCUGCCCGGGCUGUGAGCUGGGGCAGCGACCGGCAUGGGGCGGUGGCGGAGUCUGCUUCGGGCACUGUACGGUUUCUGCCUCCCUCUGCUGCUGCUGUUGCCGCCUCCGUUCUUGGCGGUCGGCGCUGCUGGAGAUCGCCCGCUGCAAGCGCUGCACGGCUGCUUAUUUGACAGGAGGCUAUGCUCUCAGCAGGAAGUCUGUGUGCAAGAUGGUUUAUUUGGCCAGUGCCAAGAAAGUUCAUUGCGAGACCAGCCCUACUUUCAAGUCACCACACCAGUGCUCCAGCGUUUGCAAGAUAUUCUACGGCAUCUUAUGGCACAAGGUUUAUCAUGGCAGGAUGACCUAACACAGUAUGUGAUUGCCCAGGAGAUGGAGCACAUCCCUAGGCUUUACCUUCCAUCGUCAUGGAAUUCUGCAGCUGAGGAUAGGUUGCCACCUCUUCACCUAGUUCCCCGGAGACCCUCUUUGUCAUCUCAGCCUUCCUCCACUCAGGGAGCUCACCAGCCUCCUCUGCCCCCAGCACUCCUGCAGAGGUAUCUGGAAUUGCUUCUGGCCUCUCAGCCUGAGCUAGGUCACAAGAAUGUGUUCCUGUCUCCUUACCCUCAUUACCAGUUCAGCUAUCCAGAUGGCACUUUCCAGGGCAGUUCUGGUGGUCACAACCCAAAGCCUCCCAUUUUCUUAGACCAAGCUGCUCCUUCCAAGGCCUUCAUGAGCGCCAGCACGGCUCCUUUCUAUAGGGAACAGCAAGGGUUGGAUGGAAGUCAACUUUUCCAAGACUUGGGGGCACUUUAUUUAACCCAGGAACAGACAGGUAAAUCCAGAAACAGGGCUGAAAACAAGCAAGAUCCCAAGAUAGAUUAUGCUCUUCAUGACAAUCGUAACAACCUUGAAAACAGAGCAGAGUCUCAAGCACACCCAACAGAGCCAGAUAGACUUGUGCAGAGGCUUACAGCAAUAUUUGCCAACUAUGGGAUUAAACCACAGGAUGUAAUUCAGUUCCUCCACAGUCCCAAUAAACACGCUGGAAGACUUGAACAGGAGGCUCUGGAAUCCAAGCGGGUGACAGAAGCAGAAAUGCAACAUGGGGAAGAGCCGGAGCCAGUCCCAUCUCAAGAAGACUCUGUCAGUGUCAUUCCCACAGAGGGGCAAAUUCAGGCACAUGGGGAGACAUUUGGCUCAACUGGGGCCCCUAUGUCAAUGACAACAUCUCCCCCAGACUCACACAAGCCCUUAAGCCCCGCAGAAAGUGAUACCAGCAGCCCUGAGGAGCAGAUGGCAAUGAUGAAGAAGAGUCGCAUGGUAGUAGGUGUACUCAGUAAGGAUGUGGAACAGCCAGAGACACCAUUGGCGGCAGAGGAAUAUGGCUACGUCGUCACAGACCAGAAGCCAUUAAGUCUUGCUGUUGGCAUUCAUCUCCUUGAGACGCUGGCUGAACGUGUUCACUUAUCUACUGCCAGCUUCAUCAAUAUCAGUGUGUUGGGUCCAGCUCUCACAUUCCGCAUCCGUCAAAACCAUCAAAAUUUGUCUCUGAAUGAUGUCGCCAAUAGGGCAGCCCUGGUGAAGUCUGAGUUGGAAUCAGAGGUGGGAGUAAAGAUCCUACAGAUGGGUGUAGGACAGCGCAAUGAGGCUGCAACCUACCCCCAUCCUGCCCAUUUUGGCAACACUUUCCGCUCGGUGCUGCUCACCUUUGUGUCACUGGCCUGUGUGGCCGGCAUCGUCAUUGCUGCUGUUGUGGUCUUCUGUCUGCGCCAGCAUGCCAAGCAGCGGGAGAAAGAGCGGUUGGCAGGGCUGGGGCCAGAGGGAGCGACCGACAGCACCUAUGAAUACCAGGAGCUCUGCCGACAGCACAUGGCUACCAAGUCCCUCUUUGGCCGUGCAGAAACCCCUCCACCCCCUGCUCCUGCCGAAAAUUCUCGCGUCAGCAGUGUCUCCUCACAAUUCAGCGAUGCACCCCAGGCCAGUCCCAGCUCCCACAGCAGCACACCAUCUUGGUGUGAAGAGCCUGUGCAGUCCAAUAUGGAUAUCUCCACUGGGCACAUGAUUCUGGCAUAUAUGGAGGACCAUCUACGUAAUCGUGAUAGGCUGGCUAAAGAGUGGCAAGCACUGUGUGCAUACCAAGCAGAACCAAACACUUGUGAUGCUGCCCAGCGUGAAGCCAAUGUCAAGAAGAACCGCAACCCAGAUUAUGUGCCCUAUGAUCACACACGCAUCAAGUUGAAAAUGGAAUGCAACCCAUCGCGGAGUGACUUCAUUAAUGCCAGCCCCAUUAUUGACCAUGAUCCACGGAUGCCAGCAUACAUUGCAACGCAAGGUCCAUUGUCCCACACCAUUGCUGAUUUUUGGCAGAUGGUAUGGGAAAAUGGUUGCACAGUCAUUGUCAUGCUCACCCCACUCGUGGAAGAUGGCGUCAAGCAAUGUGACCGCUAUUGGCCCGAUGAGGGAUCCUCACUUUACCACAUCUAUGAGGUGAACCUUGUCUCAGAGCACAUCUGGUGUGAGGAUUUCCUGGUGCGCAGUUUCUACUUGAAGAAUGUGCAGUCACAGGAGACACGGACUCUAACGCAAUUUCACUUCCUGAGCUGGCCAGCAGAGGGCAUCCCUACCACCACUAGGCCUCUUCUUGACUUCCGCAGGAAGGUGAACAAAUGCUACCGGGGGCGCUCAUGUCCAAUCGUCGUGCACUGCAGUGAUGGCGCAGGAAGGACUGGAACAUACAUUCUUAUUGACAUGGUUUUAAACCGAAUGGCAAAAGGUGUGAAGGAGAUAGAUAUUGCAGCCACUUUGGAGCACGUGAGGGACCAGAGACCAGGUGUGGUACAGACUAAGGACCAGUUUGAAUUUGCACUGACAGCCGUGGCAGAGGAAGUGAAUGCCAUCCUGAAGGCUCUGCCCCAAUGAAGCCUCUAUUCAGCAUAGCCCAACUUGGUGAUUCCCCAACCUGACUCUUUGCCUCUGCUGUUGCCGUGUUCUUGCCUGGGGUGUUUUCCCUUUACCAUGUGUCAUCUCCAUGUGGUUCACCAUGGCUGCAUUUAAUUGCCCUGUGGAAAUGUUGGCCCCUUGCCUACCUGCCCAAUUGGGUCUCAUCCAUCCAACAUUUUAUAACCUUCCUCAUGCUGCUAAGGCCUAUUCCACCCUGGUCUCUCUGGAAGCAGCCCUUGGUGGAUAGAAGAGUUGGGUCCCCUUUCUAGACAGCCAGGACACCUCUAGUAUGAGAGGAUGUGCCAUGGAGCAAUACAGGGGCUGCAGUCCAAAGGAGAGUUAGCCCCUCCUUGUGAGAUGCAUUAAAGACCAGUUUUCUGAAGUGCCUACUUUAUGUUUACGGGCAUUGGUCAAAGCAAGUAGAUUUGCAAUGGGAGGGCUGUGGGCCCAUUUCUAUUUUCUAUUCAGUGUCCUGCUUAGCCCUAAUGCCCACAUGAAUGAGUAGAAAUGGUAAUGCCUUAGCAGAAGCUAGGUUACGUCUAUUGCCAGUUUUCAUCCUUCUUCCAUUCUUCUCUCUCUAAAUUUUACCGCCUGAUCCUGUGCCCACAGCAGGGAAAGAACCUAACACUGCUUCUGCGCUCAUUGUUGUCCCAUUGUUGUCGUCCUUCUCCGUUUCCUGCAGGCCUGGAGCCAAGCCUAGUCACGGCCAUUUGCUCCCUUCCCUAAAUGGAGGAAGGGAACAUUAAGGGAGAUGGCCCACAGCUGCUAAUUGCUGUGUUGUCUCCCUACUUUCUCCUGGGUGUUACUUAUCACAAAGAGACAUUUCUAGAGAAUCUAAUUUUGUAUUUGAUGUGAAUAAAGGUUUUGUGUCGCGUUUGUGCAGCUGCAGCCCAGCCUCCCCAUCUUGUGUAUAACCAGGCAGGAAAAUGCAUUGUCUCCUCAUGCCAAAAGCUUUAUAGAUAACAACUCGGAGUGUCAGGUAUUUUCCUGGAGGUAGAAGAAUUAGCUCCAAAGGGAUGGCAUGUAAAGGAGUCAGUGACUUGCCCACGUGGUGUCAAAUGGUACAGUGCUAUCCCAAUCCUUGUUAUGUGUGCGCCUGGCAAUGGGGGUGGGCAUAUGUACAAACACGUAUCUAAUUUUGAAAUUCUUAAAAAUACAAUAUUUCCUGCCUUUCUGUCUGCUGCCCUUUCACACGCAGAAGGAACACCAAGUAGGUUCUGUCUAUACUUAAGCCUUUUCUGCUCACACUUUAUCCCACCUAAGCACUAGCCUUACCAUCUUUUCCUGCCUCCUUGGCUUGAUUCCCCACACCCCUGAAAUACAUAGGCAGGGACACCCAUGAUCUGAAUAGUCAUGUUAUCUUGCGUCUACAGGAAAAAGUGCACCACUGUUUCAAGUAGAUCCAAUGAGAAAGUUGUUAACAAACUCAUCGCCACCAUCCCAUAUGCAACCAUAGGAUUAUAACCUUGGGGAAGAUACCUGUGGGGAGGAAUCUGGGUGGGCGGGUGGGAGAUGGCGGAUGGCCUUUUGUGAAAUAGGUGGAUUGGCUCUGACCCUUAACUGCCAGGCUCCCUUCGAGCCCUUUUUUGCCAUAGCAAGCCAUGUGUUUCAAGGAUACCACUUUGUUUUAUGAGCAUUCUGGAUAUUAUCAGUUGAUUUUUAAAAAUAUAUAUAUUUAAGCUAUUUCAUAUAUUUUCACAAGUUAAUUCCUCCACCUAGUUUUAUUCUUUAACUAUGAAGCUGUAAGUAGCUCUUAAAGUGUAUCUAAAGGUAAGUGUAUAGGAGACAAUAACCUUAAAACACCAUGGAAGCAAUCUUUUAAAGUACCCAACCCAGGCUUGAUUUUAUCUUCUGUUAAGAGGAUAAUAAAUUAGAAGAGGUUUAAAAAAAAGGCCUAAAUACUACUGCAAUUCGAUGAAAUACUAUGCUCAUCCUGUGUGGAAGCAGGCAGGACACCAAAUGGGAGAAAUUGUUCUUUGAAUUACCUGUCGUUUAUAGCCUUUUUAUCGAAUUCCAGAAAGGGCAAAAUAAUUCCUCCCUAACCUCUUUGCAAACAUUUUUGAGACAGCAUUAAUUGCAAAUAAGUUUAUUGAUAAAUGUCGUCCAUUUUAUACCAGGCCAGCACUCUGCAUUACAAAAGAGAUCAGAUCCACUCCAAGUUACAGACAUGUUGAACGGGGUUGUGUUAUCUGUAGCCAUUAUUUCAUGAGAAUUUUGCUUAAAAGGGCCGGAGGGGGAUUGGGGGCAGGAUGAGCCACAGACCUAGCCCUUUCCUUGCUACCAAGAGAGUCCGAAUUCCUCUCUUUGCAGUGACUGGUUUGGAAGAGACCUUGCUGCUCUAAGGGAGAAACUUGAUGUCUUUAGAACAGCAUUGCCAUGUGCUGGGACUGCAACUCCCACAGUUCUCUCAUAGCAGGGCCAUCGUGCUAGCUAGGAAUUCUGGGAGUUCAGUUAUCAUUCGGUAUAUGAUUGCGGGUUAGGGAAGGUGCUAAGGCUGCCUUUUGCACAACAUGAGAGUCUACCCUGGUGCUCGAACAAAACUUUGUUUGUUCCCAUUCAUGUGACUCUCCAAACACAAAUGGUGUUUGUCUUGAAAUCCGUGUUUCCCUGGGCAGCUGAAGAUGAUGCUGCAGCCCAUGCCUAUGAAGAGUUUCUGGCUUUCUCGACCCACCACUGCCUCUCUGGACAGACCAUUUAAGACUACCCACCGCUCUUCAGCCAGGCACUCUUAAGAGGGCAAUGAGCACCAGUGAAGAGGGCUCACAAGUAUAAAAGGCCUUGGCUCUAUGGAGCAGCAAGAUAGCUACUUCUACAGCAAACAGGCUAUAGCCUGCCUGAGUCAGUGAGUGCUACAUGUUAUGCAGCAGAAAGAACGAAGGGGGGGGGAAACACACUCGGCACUUGCCAGUCCCCCCCGCAGAUUCAGG